CUUUGGCGCGGGGCCUCUCGGGAGUUGUAGUCAGGGCGUGCGGGAAGUGGCUUGUCAGGGGCGGGGAGCGGACUCGGAUUCCCGUCGGGGCCGCGGCCCCAUUGUAGCCGGGCCCGCAGCCCAUUGGCUGGCGGAGGGAGCUGGGCCUCGCUCCCCGUCUGGUGACACAAUAGCGAAUCCAAGAUGGCGGAUCCGGGUGCAGGGAGCUUGCACGGGGGGGACGGGGGGCUGUCGUGCCCGCUCGAGGAGCAGGAGCUGAGCCAGCGCCUCCGCCGCCUCUACCCGGCCGUGAACCAGGCCGAGACGCCGCUGCCCCGCUCCUGGAGCCCCAAGGACAAGUACAACUACAUCGGCCUCUCGCAGGGCAACCUGCGCGUCCACUACAAAGGUCAUGGGAAAAAUCACAAAGAUGCUGCAUCAGUCAGGGCUACACACCCCAUCCCUGCAGCUUGUGGCAUUUAUUACUUUGAAGUGAAGAUUGUCAGUAAAGGUAGAGAUGGGUACAUGGGAAUAGGACUCUCAGCCCAAGGAGUCAACAUGAACAGACUUCCCGGUUGGGAUAAACAUUCGUAUGGUUACCACGGUGACGACGGGCAUUCCUUCUGUUCUUCUGGGACAGGGCAGCCCUAUGGCCCCACCUUCACUACUGGAGACGUGAUUGGCUGCUGCGUCAACCUCAUCAACAACACCUGCUUCUACACAAAGAAUGGCCACAGCUUAGGUAUAGCCUUUACAGACCUCCCUUCAAAUCUCUAUCCCACUGUGGGGCUGCAGACACCAGGAGAAAUCGUAGACGCCAACUUCGGGCAGCAGCCGUUCGUGUUUGACAUUGAGGACUACAUGAGGGAGUGGCGAGCAAAGAUUCAGGGCACCAUUAAGCGGUUUCCCAUAGGAGACAGACUAGGCGAGUGGCAAGCAAUGCUGCAGAAUAUGGUGUCUUCCUACCUGGUUCAUCAUGGGUACUGUGCAACAGCGACGGCCUUUGCCAGAGUGACAGAAACCACAAUCCAGGAAGAACAGACCUCCAUAAAGAACAGGCAAAGAAUACAGAAGCUAGUCUUAGCAGGCAGAGUGGGAGAGGCUAUAGAGGCCACGCAGCAGCUCUACCCUGGCCUCCUAGAACACAACCCUAACCUGCUCUUCAUGUUAAAGUGCCGACAGUUUGUGGAGAUGGUGAAUGGGACAGACAGCGAAGUGCGGUGUUUCAGUACCCGCAGCCCCAAGUCACAGGACAGUUACCCAGCAUCCCCCAGCCUAAGCCCCAGACACGGAUCGAACAGCUCGCAUGCUCACAGCGCUGGAGCAGACAGCCCAAGCUGUAGCAACGGAGUCACAUCCACAAAAAGCAAACAAAGCCACAGUAAAUAUCCAGCACUGAGUUCAUCGUCGUCCUCUUCCUCCUCUUCCUCUCCUUCGUCGGUGAACUACUCUGAGUCCAAUUCAACAGACUCCACCAAAUCCCAGCAGCAUAGCAGUACAAGUAACCAGGAGACCAGUGACAGUGAGAUGGAGAUGGAGGCUGAGCAUUACCCCAAUGGAGUCCUUGAAAACUCCUCCACCAGGAUAAUGAAUGGCACCUACAAACAUGAAGAGAUCCUCCAGACGGAUGAGUCCAGCAUGGAAGACGGCUGCCCCCAGAGACAGCUCUGUGGGGGGAACCAUGCUGCCACAGAGCGAAUGAUCCAGUUUGGGCGGGAGCUGCAGACUCUGAGCGAGCAGCUGUGCAGAGAGUACGGGAAGAACACGACGCACAAGAAGAUGCUGCAGGACGCUUUCAGCCUGCUGGCAUACUCUGACCCCUGGAACUGCCCUGUUGGGCAGCAGCUGGAUCCAAUCCAGAGGGAACCUGUGUGUGCUGCUCUCAAUAGUGCUAUAUUGGAAUCUCAGAACCUGCCAAAGCAGCCCCCGCUGAUGCUUGCCCUGGGCCAGGCCUCCGAGUGUUUGCGGCUCAUGGCUCGUGUGGGCUUGGGUUCCUGCUCCUUUGCCAGAGUUGACGACUGUUUGCACUAGCCACCAGAGGAGAUGGAGUGACGUCCUCCAGUGCUGCCCUUCACCCUCCAUUGCCACCACCGCCUCUUCCCUCGCCUGACCUCCCUGCUGCCCGGCCCCCCCCCGCCCCGGGAAGAGACAGAGCGCUGACUGAGUCAGUCCCUCCGCACCAGGCGUCCUCGUCACGUGCCGUUGGCGGAGCCGGGCAGCGGCUGGCAGACCUCUCCCAUCUCCCCACCGUCACCGCGGCUGCAGCAGCACUCAGUAUUUCGCUGGUUAAUCUAAUGUAGAGCCUUCCGAUUUAGGUCUUUCUCUUUAUUUUUUUCUGACUGAGCCACCAGUAUUUAUAUCUGGAGAGUUUGUGCUGAGCUGGUUUCUGCUAAUUUAGUGAUAAAGCUCAUCCACCUGGGUGACAGCUUCUUAUUUUCUUAAGUAAAAAAGAUCUAUACCCGUCCCCACACAUGAACAUCCAGUAUUUAUCUCCAGUGCUAGUGACCUGAGCUCUUCCCCAGAGGGCAGCUCAAGGUGUUUAUUUGGAUCCCAUUCAUUAAAAAGGUCUCUUCCACCUCAGCCAAGGCAUUCAUGUAUUUAUUCCCCACAGCCCAAGCUCUGUUAUUUCCCCCCCCCCCCCCCCAACAGUCACUUUAGGCUUCAUCCUGGGAACUGAAGGAUCUCUGGGCUUCACCAGUUCUGCCCCUUCAAGAGCCCGGGGCUGGUCCUUUGCUGACCCUGUGAAGGGCCAGGCUAGUGCAGUGGGAGACAUUGCCUUGUUCCUCAUGUCAGUGGGAUAGGCUGCGAAUGCACCUCCAGCCCUGGAACAGCCAGCCUUCGGGCAUGGAGAGCACCUCGCUGUGGUUAGAGGCUGGAAAAGCAGAGGGAGUUGGAAAUCACCAGGUUUGGAUGAGCCCCUGGCACUAACCUCUAAGGAGCAGCUGCUAGGGCUGCCUGAGCGAAGGGUUUGCUGUGUGUUCCAUUACGGAGCCCCGUUCUCUGCGGGUUAGGCCACGUUGGUAUAGCUGGGAUCUGGGCUGCAUCCCCCAGCUAGAGCUCUGCUAGGAAUCUUUACUGAUCACCCAUCCCAGACGUCCAGAUGGCUGCUUGGAUAUGCCAGGUGUCCAUUGGGAGAAUUGACCUGGAAGUAUGGAGUGUGCUUGUAUCACCCCCAAAGCUUGUAAAUGUCAGGUUUUUACAGGCUGUGUGUGUGGACCAACAGCAUUAUAGACUGCAAGAUUUUAAAUACAUGACAGCCAGGCCAUUACAUUUAAAGGCAGCAGCUCUGUUCUCAUAAGGAUUGUAGAGUAAAUACUGAGUUUGGAGCCACACAGUGACCCCAGCAAGGAGCUGUGACGGCUUAACACCAGCGGAGGAUGAACUGGUUCAGCAGUGCUGUCAAAGGCGACCUCACAAGCGCGGCUAGACAUGUUGAAUUACAAGCGUGCGUGUGCGCGGCUAACGAUACCCAACGGCUUCACGCACUGCAUGUUUGUGUCUGGGUGCCGUUGCUGACGGAGAGUAGGGUAUGGUGUGACCGAAUGUGGCAAGCAGUCUGCCUGCCCUCCCACAGAUCUUUGCAAAGGGGAAAUGGGGUUUGCCGCACUUGUCUCUGCUGCUUUUUCUGUGUUUAAUUUGAAAUUUUUUCAUACGGGGAAAAUGAAAAAUAAAAUUUGUUCAAAUUCA